AUGCUACAGCAGUGGCUAGUGUACGGCUGUGCUACAUUGUUGCUGGCCGCCUAUCUGGGCGUACGAUGGAAAAGGCGCAAAUUCUAUGCCGCGGCAGCGACGAUGGAUGGCCCGGUGGCAUUGCCGUUGCUGGGUCAUGUGUACCUGUUGUUUGGGAAAAAAAGUGGAGAAAAUAUUUUGCAAGUCCUGGACCGAUACGCCCCGAGAUACAAAUCACCGGUCGGACUCUGGAUGGGUCCGAUACUUAUGAUAGGCAUCAAGGACAACCCCGACUAUUUUCAGACAGUUCUCAACUCGCCUCACUUGUUGAACAAAAUGGAUCAAUACAAAUUUUUCUACAUCAUCAAAGGGCUGUUUGCUGCACCUGACCACGCGUGGAAGAUUGAACGAAAACUGUUGAACCGAUCCUUCAGUCCUUCGAUGCUGUCCAGUUUCGUUGAUAUUUUCAACGCGAAGGACUUCAUAAUGGUGGACAAGUUACGACAGUUUGUAGGACAAGGCGAAAUGGAUCUGCAUCUCCACAUCGCUAAAUGCACCAUCGAUUCUAUAUUCGGAACAUCCUUCGGAAAAGACAUGAACACCCAAGGGCACAACGAAGCCGAUGAUUACUUGCACAGUCUCGAAACUUUCUUUUCGCUCGUCUUUAAGCGAAUGCUUUCAAUCGAGCGUUACCCACAGUUCCUAUAUAGCUUUACUAGAGACUUUAAAGUCGAAACUAAAUGCAUCAAUACAAUCAAAAGCAUGUCUAACGACUUGAUGCGAGAGCUCAAACAGGAAUCGAAGCAAACGAAACCAUUGUCAGUGACAGAUACUUUCGAAAGGAAGCCACCGCAGAAUUUUGUUGAUAAUCUCAACGAUUUGGCCAAGAGCAACCCAAGCCUGACGGAGGAACACAUCAAGGAUCACAUUGAUACCAUGGUCGUGGCUGGGCACGAUACCACUGCGACAACAAUGUCUAACCUGCUCCUAAUGCUGGCAAUGUAUCCAGAGGUGCAGGAAAAGGUGUACGAAGAGGUUAUGGCCGUUUGUCCCGACAAAACCAAACCGGUCUCCAUCGAGGAUACCAACAACCUCGUCUACACCGAGAUGGUUUGCAAGGAAACGAUGAGACUGUUUCCCGUGGGCCCUCUAAUAGGCCGAAAAUGCACGGAGGAUGUAAAACUCGACGAAAAACACACCAUUCCCAAGGGAAGCAGCGUCGUUCUUGGAAUCUACAUGAUUCAUCGUGAUACAAGCAUCUGGGGUCCGAACGCGAAUGAAUUCAAUCCGGACAAUUUCCUUCCGGAGAAAGUGGCCACUCGCCAUCCGUAUGCGUACCUGCCGUUUAGCGGAGGACCACGAAACUGUAUCGGCAUCCGAUACGCCUGGCUGUCGAUGAAAAUUCUCAUCGCCCAUCUGGUACGAAACUACCGGUUCAAGACAUCGUUGAAAAUGGAAGAUUUGACCCUUAACUUCGCAAUAAUUUUAAGAAUAAUGAACGGGUGUCUUGUUUCCAUUGAAGAAAGGUGACAAGCUUAGAAUAAGAUUACAAUCAAUCUCAAUAAAAAGGUUAGGAUGCAAAGGACAAACUAUUUGCUAAACUGGUAUUUUGUAAGUAACGUGUAUCUGACACUCAA